ACUGUCAAAACGUCAUCCAUCCUUUUGAUCAACGCAUUUCAAUUUCUUUCUGUUGCAAAUACAGCCGUUUUUCUUAUACAGCUACAUUUAUUUACCAUAAAAUGUGGUGAAUAUGGUUUCUGUGUGAAAUAAUAAAGUUCCGAAUAUGUUUUUAUGACAUCCUACACCUAUAAGUUCGAUGCGAUAUGUCGAAGGCUGUGGCUAUACCUGAACGUGGUAAGGCAGUCGGGGGGACGAUAAAGGAGGAGAUUUAUAUAUCUCCAACUGAGAAGAAAGAUGGGGCGAUGGGAUUAUUUAGUAGGUUCUUACGUUUCGACUCGAUCGGGAAGAGAACCAGCGCGCCCGAGAGUCCUACGUCUACAGAGCCACCUACGACUUACUAUGGAGUGUACAUUCCUUGUGAAAUCAAGAAAGGGCCAGAUGAAGAAGCUCUCCACGUGUACAAAAACAAGUCGGAAGCUUUGGAGCUGGUGCGGCGGUACAAAUCUGCACGGUUCAAAGCGUUCCAGAGUCGGCAGGACGCCGUUUCCUUCGCGCUGCGUGGUGCUGAGCCGGUGGAUACUGUUGAUGGCAACGAUAACUCGUUAAUGGGCGAGAAACCCUACCCGUUCAAGGCUCCAUCACCUCAGGAUAUGGUGGCGCUCCGCAAGGCGAUAGAGGCGGGCUUGACGGCGACGGUGCGCGACCGCGUGUGGGACAACCCGCGCUUCUUGGUCAGCAGCGGGAACACACCCGCCAUCAUGCAGGAGGGAUCCCGCUACAACGCCCUACACGUGGCCGCGAAGGCGAUGAACGCGGAACUAUGCAACUUGAUCCUUACCACGGUCGGCAACCCGGACUUCGUGCAGACGCUGUACGGCGCAGACGCUGACCCUGACUCCUGCAAGGAGUUCGCCGAGAUCCUGGUAGACAGGUAUUUGAACACGCCGGACAAGGCGAUGAAUGAGACUCCGCUUCACUUCGCGGCCAAGUUCGGAGCGGAGGGGGCGGUCGACGUACUCACCUCCUUCCCGCAGUGCGACAAGAACGCCUCGAACAAGUUUGGAGAGCGACCCAAAGAUAUAAUCUGCAAGCGCGCUCCGUCAGCGGCGCCCGAGACAGCUCGGCGCAUCCUCACCAUGCUUGACGAGCGUUACUACGUGCCUGUGCUGCACUCGGAGGACGACAGCGGAGCGCCCACCAUCGGGCGACCCUUCACUCCCUCGCAACCACCGGAAAUAAACCAUGACCCCCUAAGUCCGCGGUACGAGAUCCGCGCGUUCGCAGGCCCCAUGCAGGCGGAGCACGCGGCUGCCUUCCACCGCCGGUGGAAGACGCCGCCGCGCCGCCCCGCCGGCCGCCUCGCGCCGCCCGCCUUCCGGCUUAAAGAGAUGACCAAGGGGCUUGAAGCUGUCGGCAGAACAUUAGCGGAAGAAAUGCACGUAGGAUGGAAGGAGUACUGGCCGUUCUUGGACACGUUCACGGACCUGCGGUCCAGCGAGGGACUCACUCUACUGGAGAACUAUCUCAAGGCCAAAUACGAAAGUGCGUGCUCGUUCGCGUACAGCGACAGCUGCCUCGAACACUCGCUUCACUCACCAGACGACCUAUCAAUAUCACGGCUCAGUCUAGCCAACAACUCACAAAGCCCAUCAAAAGCAUCCUCCGCCCUCAGCCCAAUGUCCGAACUGUGCGUCGCCAUGAAAACCUGCAAAAUCACCGACAGACCUCCCCACUGGAGGAAAACAGAUCCAAUCAGACAACGACUAUGUCGACAACCUAGCUUUAAUAAGAAAUUAACAAACGGCGACUCACCACCCACGAUAAACCACACCGUUAGCCAACUAGUCUGCAUCGAGAGGACCUGUCAAGUCUUCGCGAAAAGAAUAGCAGACGCUCUUAUAUUUUCCCUCACCGCCGAGCCAGAAGUAGCCGGCGAAUCUCUCAAAUCGGAAGCGAAACACCUCCAACACACAAUAUUCACUUACAUGGACGACGAACGGUUCCAGAAUAUCGAUUUCGCGCUCAUACACUCGCGGCUAGCGCAACUAGUGGUGUACAAACUGAAGCAGCAAACGACAGACCUGGACGAUAUUAACAACUUAGUGGAGUUUCUAGUGAAGUUGCGGUGUCCCAACGACGACAUAUUCAGUUCUGACGAUGAGAGGAAGCCGAUUGGUUUUAGGGGUCCCAACCGGGCGAAACUGGUGCAAGUGAUAGACGGUCAUGUGCGGUGUUUGAGUAGCUUUAUAUGCGAGGAACUUACGGAAACGGAUGUGACGAAAGGCCCCGCGAUAUCAGAGACGGAAUGCACAGAGAUAUGGGAGAAGGCCGCGAAAUGUCGGUGUGAUUGGAAGAUUGAAGCGUUCGAGAGGAAUAGCAAGAAGAAUGCCUCGUUUAGGAAGAACCGGUCGAUACUCUCGACCAGUCCGAAGGGCGAGAGUUUUAUCAGGCGGCUCACGUUUGACCAUGACAUCGGCGACGGGCACCCGCAGCAGAAGCAGCCCGAGCCGGCCGCCGCCGUCAACUCGCCGGCCGGGGACAGCGGCGCCGCGCUCUACACGCUCGACGUGGCCAAGUGCCGGGUCGUGGACGCCGAGAUCUCAGAAGACGAUUCGGCUGCGUCCGGGAAUUCGGAGUGCGAGGAGGAGGCCUAUCACACGGCUUCCGAGCAGUCGGCCGAAUCCGACAACGAUAUGGAAGACGCCAGCGACCGGGCGCUAGCGGAGCCCUUCAUAUACGGCGAGGAGCCAACGAAGAUGGACCGGCUGGUGUUCGACGCGCUGGCUGACUGUCUGAUAAACACUGAUAGGUUCCCCAACGUGUACCGAUGGAGGCACACGGUCGCUUUGUACCCACCAGAGGAGAGAGACAAAUGGCACGCGGCGUGCGGCGCCGACGACAGCGCGUGCGCGUGGCCGGCCGAGUCCCCGGCGCGGGCGCCCGCCGCGCGCAGCACGCCGCACAAGGACAUGCGGAGCCACGCCGCCUGCGCGCCUGCCGGCAGGAACGUGCCCUUACAGGUAUCGAACUGGCUCCGAGUGACGGGGCCGAACUCGCCGCGAUCCGCGCUGGCCGCGAAGAACGUGGGACACAACGUCAGCUUCGGCUUCUGAGGGUCUUCGCCCCGCGGCGCACUCCUGCUCACUCUACCCAUCGCGCUCUACUCGUGGUUCCGCCUACUAGACAACCGACACCACUGCAGAACCUAGACGUGAACAAACAGAUACACAGUGGUGCGCCGACAAAUAUUAUUAGGCUAAAAAGUGCCUAUCAAAUACCACGGAACUACACCGCCAGAUUUUAAGAUUCUUUGAUAAAUAUAUUGACUUAUCUAAAAGUAAAAUGCUGACUAAAAGUGAUACUAUGGCGCCUCGGUGUUUUUAACUAUCCGUCAAGUUCGGAAAUGCAAACGGAAUUUUGUUUAUUUUUUAAAGAUGCUAUUCGUGCUAAAAUAUCGACUUAAUUGUUUAUGUGUUAAAUAUUACGCACGAAACGUGUCUUAUUACAUGUGAAAUUAUUUCUUCAAGGUACGUACUUUAAUUUAGAUUUAUAAUGAUAAAUGGAUAAUAAUUAGAAUUUGGUUUAUUUGUAUUCGAAUAUUAUGUCAUAUUAUUUUCUAUAGAUGUUUUUUAUUUCAUUUGUAUAUGACGAUUGAGAGGGCAUAGUACUCAAAGGAUGUCUUACAAUUAUUUCUUAUUAUUUGAUUCAACGAAUAUAAUAUUACCUGAAUAAAUUUUAAUAGUAUAUUGAUUAUGUGUGAUUUACAUUUGCUUGUGUUGCAUAAGUAAGUGUAAAUUACAUUGCAGUGUUAUUGAUGAGAAAUAUGCUCGGGGUUUGGGUCGGAUGUGAUUUGAUCGCAAGGUUAUACUUUGUGUUUUCAGGCGUGGCACACGACGAGUUAAUCUGUGAGAGUAUCAAAUAUAACGCAGUCGAAGAUUAGUUCCUCCUUCGUUACUUGGAGAAAAUAAUCUUGCUAUUUCUUUAAAUACCUCUCGAGAGCAAUUCUCUCCAUUGGCCGAUUUACAUUAUUCAAUCAAUUCCAGCGACUGAAUCCAGCGCUUAAAAUGAAAUGGGCACAUUCUAGCGGCAGUAACGAUUUAGCAUUGGAUUUCAUCGCAGAACUGGAAUAAUGUAAAUCGGGCAUCGUUGAUAAAAAUCUUUCAAAAAUAGUCGUUACAUUAAGUUGUUCGUGUGCCCUCAAUAUGACAGCUCUCAUAUCUACGAAUGUAAUUGCCUUAUAGUAGAUAAGGCACUCGGUAAUCUCGUUUAUUGUAAUAUAGAUAUUCGGUUCUAGUAUUAAUAGAAAAUUAUGUUAAUUCUAGCGUUGCAUUUGUCAAGUUUCUGUAUAUGUAUCCCUGUUAUUUGUUGGACUUUAGAACAGUCACUGAGAUAUAAUAUUUGUUAUGAUUAGGUUAUUAACAAUUGGAUAUAGUGAGUGAUAUGAAUAGAUGAGGAUAUUUUGUCGCCGAGAAAUGUGUUCAACUUACUAUAAAACGAUAUAAAUCUAAAUAUAUAACGGUUCCGUAUCCGACCGUGACUGUUCUAAACCCAUUUAAUUUUGACAAUAAAGUUAUUUCACUGCGUUAUUUAGCAUUUAUAGAGUAUAGUGUAUAAACCUGAUCUUAUGUUCUGUGAACUUUAUAUGCCAAACGGAGUGAUAGUGGAAUGUUGCACUGAUCUAAGCAUGUUUGUACUUUUAUAUUGAAAGGAAAAAUGUAAAAUAUAUAUUUAUAUAUGUUUUCUUUCGCAUAAACAAUACAAAAAUAAAUUAUGACCGGUUCUAA